GCUCUCUGCACUGGAAACACCACAAUCUUUUCUGUUCCUCUCUGUGGUUCCUGCCUUUUGUUGUGUUGUGUCCAAUGGCAGGUGCGAUGAAGAAUGUCGAUAAGAUUCGCCAAAUCGUGCGUCUCAAGCAGAUACUGAUACGGUGGAAGCAUAUGAGCCUCCGCCGUCGCUCCUCCGAACCCAAGCCAUGUGCCACCACAACUCGACGACCACCCUCUGGAUUCGUCUUUGUCUAUGUUGGACCAGAACGCAAGCGUUUUUCAAUUCCUGCGCGGUUCCUUAACCUCCCUAUAUUCGCGGGUCUCCUCGAGGAAACCGAGGAGGAGUUUGGCCUCCGAGGUAACUGUGGUUUGGUUCUGCCUUGCCAAGUUCCUUUCUUCACAGACAUCGUCAAGCAUCUCCAGAAAGAUGAGCAUAAGUACGGAAAUUUUUCUCUCCAAGAGUUCGUGAAUAUGAUUUCUGAUUUGGGUUCUGAUUCUUGCAAGGAAAACGUCAUUGCUUUUGCUCCUCUGUUGCAGAAAGCAAAGGUUUAAGAUUUGCCAGUUUUCAUUUGGGGAAACUUAGAAUCUGGAUUUGUAAAUAUUUGGGGAAACUUAGAAGAAUCUGGAUUUGUAAAUGAAGACAGGAAUUUGUUUUUUUCUUUUUCUUUUUAUAUUGGGUUUUUGGUUCUAAACAUCCUUGAAACCAUUUCCCUAUAAAUUUCAGUGGGUGGGUUUCAAUGAGAUGUGGUUGAACUUGGCCUUUGGUAGAUUGGGUUAUUUUCACUAUUUCUUAUAAUUGAUGCCCAAUAUUUUUCUGUUAAUGACAAUGAUCAAAUUUUAAUGAUCAAUGAGAGAU